AUUAAAAGGACACUCCGAGUUUAGUUGUCCACAAACACUCAGAGAGAUAAAGUUGAUUGUGCACAAAACCGAAAAUUUGGGUUUCUCAAAAGAAGAGGCGGCAAGAUGAUCGACAUUUUGUCGCUGCCGCGACGGAACAAGGUGUCCGGAAAUCCGGCCCUGCUGAAAAUGAUCUCCUACAAAACCGGGCUGCCGAUCAACAGCUUGCCCGGGUGGGAGUUGAUACCUCUUAACUGCAAACUGCCCAUGCUCAAGUGUCCGGGCAAUCAGGUUAUUUUCUCCAAAAACAAAAUAGGGCAGUCGUUUAAAAGUGGGAAGCAAGAGUUUGAGUCAUCGGUUACCGAGCACAUACCAGAAUACAAUCCUCUGCACGAUUCCAAUCUGAAGACCUUCUAUUCCAAUGAGCGAAAUCUCAAGCGGCUGCGGGAGAAUGGCGAAAUCACGCAGGAUAACGACGUGAUAUGCAAUCUGAAGGACUUCAACCAGCAUCGCCAGGAGCUGCACAAGUCCCAGCUAUACUACAUCCUGCAGGCCUACAAGCGACGCGAGGCAGAGCAAUACGAUCGAAUGCUGAUUGCCAAUGCAGAAUCGAUUACGAAGCGAGAUCACCAGAACUUGGCAGCCCGCCAUCAGUGCACCGAGGAAGUGAUCGCCAGGAAGCAGCAGCUGGAGCAGGAGCGCCAUGAGCGCAAGGUCCACAUCCUGAAUAUUACAUACGAAAAGUUUAAGCGCCUGGAAAACCUUGCCUCCAUGCAGAACAUGCUCCUGGAGCACCGCAAGAUGCUCACCAACAUGCGAGUAGCCGCGCACAUAAGCAUGUGCCAGGACCUGCAGAGGAAGCAUCUGAUCAAACAGAAGAAGCUAUUCCAGUUUAAAAAGGACCGCUUUAACAAGAAUAUGCGGCUGCUGCGAAAGCAGCGUCUAAUGAAGAACACCGAGCACCAGAUACAGUCCUGGAAGAAACGACUCGACGAACGCAUCGAACAUCAGCGGAGAAUUAACUACCUGCUCCAGGAGGUGCAGAAGGAGCGUGAGGCUUUCAUCGAACGCCACAAGGCACUGUACAGAGAGAAGUGGGCGCGGAUUCAGGACGAGAUCAAGGAACGAUCCCGCCAAGAGAGAAUCGCUCGCAAGCCCAAGCGUAAGCGCAAGCAGAAGAAGAAGCUUCAGGAGAAGCCUUUGGAGGAGCGUAAGCCUUCGUUCUGUGACGAAUACCAGAGCACCUUCGACGGAUUGCUCGACAGCGAGCUGUGUUACGCCUUGAACGCAGCUAUUGCCAUGGAGGGUCAGACGCCGCUCACAUUCGCUCCCGACGAUCCCAUCUACAAGGCGGCUCAAUAUAUUCUCAACUACAUUAUUGCCGGUUUCAACGAGGAUCUCAGCGAUGAUGAGUGCGCCCUGGUGGUUCUCAUGGCGCGCAUCCAGGAGUUUGUCUGCGACGCAAAGAAAUACGUUCACUACAAAGCAUCACAGAUCAUUGGAUUUGCGAGAGAUCACAAGGCUAUGGAGGUGCCGGCAUCAGUGGCCAGGCCCAUAGUGCCGGCAAAGAACCACUCGCGUGCCUCUCAUGUCUCCUUCUGCGGAGUGGCCAGCACUAUCGGGGUGGGCAGCUAUGAGAUCCAUCCGUUCGUGGACGUCCGACCCUGCACGGAGCGACGACCCACGCCGGCCGGAUCACUGGCAUCGCUGGUGGUGAGCCAAAUAGGCGAGCAGGUGAUUCAGGACAAGGUGCGCCUGCCGCACCUGAACCGCAACCAAAUCGUGUUCAUCGAGCACUACCUGGUCAAGUUCAAGCGGGAGCUGCUGGUGGGGCUGGACAAAUUGGUAUUUGCGGCCAUCCAGUGCCACUUUGAGAACCGCAUGAUGGAGGUGCGGGAGGAGCUUCUGGCCCUGGACAGAAACUAUCUAUUUGACCAGGUCGCCAGAGGCAUUCUCAGCUACGCCGUCAAUCCGCUCAACUACCAAUCUGUGCUGAAGCUGGCCGUUAGCGUUUUGUCCAGUGAGAUCAUCUACGAGCUUCAGCAUACGAUGCUCAAGCCGGGUAUCGAUCCGCGGGGCAUGAACCAUCCCAUAUCCUGUGGCACAGAGCGGGACCGCGAGCAGCUGGUCCUUUGUAUGCCCUAAAAUCCUGUAUACCGAUUUGGAGAGGGGUAAUCAGCGGCAGGAUUUCCAAGGUCAGGCGAAUGGGAGUUAUUUGUAAAUUGGAUGUAUAACCACUUCUAUUGGGCAUACUGCGGGAGUAGGGAGCAUAAUUCUUCCUUGUGACGCUAUAAUUACUAAAUUUUAGUGCUUCGUUCUUCGUGAUUCUAAAUAAAUAGUUUUGCUUGUUGUUUGAACA